GUCAAACGUUAGUUGAGUGCUAAUUCGCUGUUGGUGAUGUUCAUAAUAAAACGCUGCGGGUGAUUUUUCGUGUCUGAACGGCGCUGCAUUGGCAUUUCUUUGCACCCAACAAAUCGAACAAAAUGUUUUUCCAAUUGUGUUUAGUUCUUAAAUCUUGCGGCGGAUUGCAAAACUGAAAUAAUUUGCUUAAACGAAGCUCGUCCGAUUUUUUACAUGUAUUUGUGUUUUUCCUUUUGUGUUUUUGUGGAAUUUUUAUUAAAAUAUUAACGGCAGUGGCUGGAAGUGUCUGCAAAUGCAAACAAAUCAAUUAGCACAUCCAGUGCAGAGCAAAAUAUGUAAAAUUAUCUACAUACAAACAUAUUUACGUACUUGCGCGUGUGCGUUAUAAUAUUUGUGUUUGUGUGUGUGUGUGUGCGGUAUAAAAAGUGAAAAACAAAGUGUGAAUUCGUGCGAAUAACUGUGCCAAAGCGUAGGCAAAUUUUCAAACAUAAAUCUUGUACGAAGAUGUGUUUUGCUGUUGUUUUUUGAUUCUAUGCUCGAAAGCCGUUGCAGCUGUGAAGCGUGAAUUUCUGUGCGGUACUUCAAAACGUGCCCAAGGUAUCCAAAGUGUCGACUGUUGGACUGUUGCUGAAUGGCAUUCCAAUUGGUUGCUGCUGCCGCUGCCGCGCCACUGCCGAGCAGCUAAACGACCAUCAGGGUAAACAUUGGAUUGAAGUGGAAAGUGAAAUUUGUUUAUUGAAAGCCAAAAAUAAUAAACCGGCAAUUUAUGCGCUAGCCCAAAGCAAACACAAAAGCAAAAACAAUAAAAACCAACAAAUAUUUUGAGUACCGGUGUACUUGCGGUAAUGACACAGCAACAACAACGAGUGUAAAAUAAACACUAGUAAAAAGUGUAACAGCUGUCAGAGCAAUUGGCAACACCGCCAGAAACCGAAAAGGCCAACAAAAAUUACAACAACAAACAAUUGCUGUUUGCGCGCGCAAUUUGCAUGAUUGUUGCAACACCUUGACAAAAACAACACACAACAAACAAAGCGAAAAAUAUUAUGCCCAAUAAUACCAACAAAAAGGCCAACAAAAAAGUUGCAACCAAAAAACCGUUAGUGUUAUAGAUAAAAGAUAUUGCUUGGACGACUUUUUUCCUUUCGCCAAUUUUGCCAACUUGUGUUAUUACAAUUUUUUGCUGGCGUGCCACCACCAAUUGCCGGUGAGGGCCACAUUUAGCUGCAACAAAUAAGGGUGUUGAACGUUGCCGGCCAACACAACGGCAACGAACAACAAAUAACGGUCAACUGCAAACUGCGGACAGCAAAUAACUACACGCCUGUCUGCCGCGGUGCCUGCCAGCGUUGCAACUGCACAACAAAGCCAACAACAACAAACAGCAGCAAUAAUGACAACAACCAAACAGGCUGACAUCAAUACAAACACCACAACCGCCAACGAAGUGGCCGGUCACGUUGCAGCCGUUGGUGCCACCGGCAGCGGCAGCGGCAUCGGCACUAGCGCUGGCAACGGCAACGCCAUUGUUGUGGGCACCGAUGUUGACAACGGCAUGGGAUCGCCGUUGACGCCGUCAAAUAGAAACUCGAAUGGUCACACGAACCACACAAAUAAUUUCUACAGUAAUUCAUCGAAUUCAAAUUCAAAUAUUGGCAAUAAUGGCAGCACAACAACUACAACAACAGCAGCAGCAAAUAACAACCAGCGUGUUAUGAACGAGUCGAAUAAACGCAAGAAACUGAAAUCACGCACAGCAACUGUACCGAGUGGCGGCGGUCAAGGUCAUACCCAUGCUGAGGGCUAUAUGAAGGAUCACUUGGACGCCUGGCUGGAGACUUGUCUCAAGGAUGCCUCCAAUGCACAGCUGUCCUCCUCAUCAGAGUUCUUAGAUUAUAAUCCAAUGCCCGCGGGUACUGUUAGUGGCGUCGGCGGCGGUAGUGGUGGUAUUAGUACAACAAAUCCGCAAAAAUUCCUACAACAACAAAUGCAGCAACGUCAUCAACAAAGCCAGCAACAACAGCGUGAGCAGCAGCAACAACAACAGAAUCAAGCGUAUUUGUCCAAUAACAGUUUGAAUAACGCGAAUCAACAGCCAACAUUUUCAUAUGUACAACAGCAGCAACACCAACAACAGCACUCGCCACAAAUGCAACAACAACAAUUUGGUUUGCGUUCGGGUCCAAUGUCAUUUUCCGGCGGUUAUGCGGGCGGUGGCAGUGGACCCUUCAGCCAAGGUUUUCAACGGAAUGUGCCAAAUUACAUGAAACAAUCUCACUACAACAACCGCUACUCCAUGAUGUUCCCACACAGCGGCAUGGGACCUGGUCCUGGUGGUUAUUAUCAACAAACCGAUGCCCAAGACUUCGCCAGCCUGCCGCCCAUAGUAAAUAUGAUGGGCGGUUCAUCGGAAAUGGAAAAUAACUCGACAGAUGUGCUCGAUGGCAGUGGCAGCAAUCCGAAUAUUAGUAGAGGUUUCCGUUUCAGCGAUCCUUGCCUGCUGAAUCCGUCCGACAACGACUCGAAAGUGAGUGGCCAAAAUACGCCCGAUCGUCGCAAUCAGUUGCCGAGCGAUUUGGAGAAUAAUAAAUUCUUCGCUGCUCUAAUGGAACAGAUUAAUCUAUUGCACGAAACUAAUACGAAGAUUUGCCGAAAUCUACACGAAACAAAAGUUGAUAUUGAAGCUUUAAAGCACGCACCCAAUUGGGGUUUGAGACACCGUAGAGAUAGCUUGAGUGGAUUAAGUACGCACAGUCAGCCCAUGGUAUUUGGCGGUGGAUUUGGUGGUAUGCAAAGUCCAGCGCCAACUUAUCAUUCAGGCGCAUACACCCCAGGUAUGAUGACCGACGUGGUUCGUGAGGUGAAAGAGGCCGCUCGUGUGCGCGAAGAUGCGCUAUUAAAUCGGGUAAAAGCGAUGGUCGAAGAGCGUCAAUGGUCGUUUAAUGAGAGCAACUUGCGCAUGAUGCGCGACAUUGAAGAGCUAAAGUCUCAAGUCCAUCAUCUGCGCGCCGACCGCAAAGAGUCCAACAAACGCAUUACACACCUCGAGGCGGAGAACAAGUACAUGCGUCAAAUGUUGACGAAUCUCUUCAACCAGCGCAACGCACCCGACAUCAUCUACGAGAAUGAAACACUGCGCACACAACGCAAAUCCUUUCCAACAGCGCCGGCACGACGCUCACAAUCGAUGAAUCUGCAUUACGGCACCAUACACCAUCAACCGCCAACCGUUGCGCUCACCGUGGAUGAGCAGGACGAGCGCUUGCAUAUCGUUGAGGCGGCCACGCAGCAGCGUGCCACCGCCGCGGACAUGGUGACCGUAAGUGAUAGACGCACCACUGAGUUGCGCAGUUCGUUCUCCAGCUCGGAUGGUGGCGGUAGCGUGGGAGCGGGUAGUUGUGGUGGUGGUGUGGUUGGCACCGGUGCUGCUGUACGUAACAGCGGCAGCAGUGGUGCCAGUGGCGUAGGCAUUUGUACAGUAACAGCCAUGCCUAACGGUAACGCUGCAAUGGCCAGCGGUCAACAGCUGAUGUCGCCGCCCAAUUUCGCGUUGAUAUCAACACCGGCCGAGGAGGAGGCGGUCAAAAUGCGCAAAAAGAAGGGCCGAAAAGUGCCACAAAUCGACGGCUCGAAGCGUAACGGUGAAUAUCACGAGGAAGUAAGUGGCGCUGCAGUGGCUGCGACACACGCUGAUGAGGAUGCUGGCAAUGAGGCGGACGACGAUAGCAAACUCUCGUCACAGGAGCUGCAGCAGGAGUUGCAGGAUGCGGUGGCAGCGCGUAAGGAGGCCGAUAAUCGUGUCAUUGCGCUUGAGCAUAUGGUAAAAACACUACGUCUAAAUUCCAAUACAGCCAACAAUGCGACCAACAACAACAAUGCAUCCCAUUAUCCAAACGCAAGUGUUGCAUAUAAACUAACUAACGGUACAGGUAGUACUGGUAACGGUGUGGUUGUAAAUCCCUACGUUGCUGGUUACACUUAUAACAUUAACCCUUGCACUACCAACAACUCAAGCAGCGCAUUACCACCACCGGCAGCACACUCAACGGCAAUGACAUCAGCAACCUCGGCGGCGGCGGCGGCGGCGGUGAUCAUGCCACAUCAAAUGCAACACAAAGCGCAUACGAUCGCCACGGCGAGCAGCAGCAUCGGUUGUGUCGGGCAAUCGCCAACCAAAUUGAGCGUUGCUGGACCCAUAACGGAUUUAUAGUUCUAGCUGACGGCCACCAAGCGACGUGUACGCGUCACGCAUUUCUGACUGCAGCAGCGGCGGCCACAUGCCACAUACCAAUGCGCACGCCUGCAUACACAUCAUUGCCACUGUGUGCGGCGGGUGGAGCGUGGGCGUAGAAGAUGAAUCCCUAUUUUAGCCGAAAGCGUCGGUAAACGAAACUCGAAUCUUGAUAUACGAAACACACUCGAAUACAAACGAAGUGUUGAUUGAUAUACGAAACACACUCGAAUACAAACGAAGUGUUGAUUGAUAUACGAAACACACUCGUAUACAAACGAAGUGUUGCGACGACUUCACUCAUGAACGUCCAUAACGGCAUAGUUUUUUUGCAUAAUUUUUGCGCAUAAGUAUACUCGUAAUUGUUAUUAACACUCGUUAACGCAUUCGCAUUUGCAUUUUUUGUGUAUGUGUUAGUGUGCAAUUCGUCCAUAUGUAUAUGUGUAGUUUGUGCUUUAUAUAUUUGACUUGCGUUUUGCAUUUGGAAAAUCGUCCAUAAUUAUUAUUACAUAACUCCAGUUUGUAUUUACCCAAGUAGUUUGUUACUAAAAAUAAUAAAAAAUAAUAUUUUACAAUAGACUCUAAGGUCAAGUAGUGUAUGUAUGCGUUUUUGAAAAUCCCUAAAAUUUUUUUUGAAAACAUACGAACAAAAAUUGAAAUUCACUGCAAAUGAAAUGUUUUUGCUGAUCAUUUUGUGUAACUGUAAAAAUUUAUCUUUGUAUUUGAAAGAAAAAAUUAUAAAUAUGCUUAUAUACAAAUUCUGUUUAAAUAUUAUAAAUUUUUUCCCCAAAAUCAUUUCAAAUUUCUGAAAAAAAAAUCAUAAAAUUAUUAACUAAAAAAUUUUAAACUAAAACCAUUACGUAAUAAAGUACAUACAUGAUAUAAAAACAAUUUGAAAAAUAUUAAAUAUGCGUAUUUUAAACAUAUUAUAUUUAAUAACAUUAUAUACUAUAUACAUGCAUAUAUUUAUAUAUACAUAUAUAUAUAUUUGUAUAAGCUAGCGCGUAUAAUAGAAACUACAAUAUGCAAAAUAAGAUAUUUUAAGUGCCAUUACUAUAUAAACAAUAUAAUAAAUAUUUUAUUUUUGAGUUAAAAAACAA